AUGAGUAGCAAUGGCGAAGCAAUUGAACGUUCCCAUCAAUCGGAACCCAUAAAUUCUUAUAAAAUUACAUCUAAAGAAGCAACAGAAGAUUCAGCUGAUGCCAGUGAAGACUCGACUGGACGUCGUCGAUCGAAUUACUCAGUAAAGAAGAAACGCGAGCUUAUUGCACUUGCUCAGGUUGCGGGUAUCCGUGAAGUUUGUCAACUUGAGGGUGUACCACGUCGUACAAUGCGUCAUUGGUUGCGUGAUGCGGAAAAAAUUAAUAACUUCGAGGGUCCAGAUACACGCAAGUCUAUUGGACGUUUAGGUCGCCGUGAGCUAUUACCUUUUGGACAAAAACUAAGCAAAUUCUUGGAAAAGGGGCGAUCUGAAGGUAGAGACAUAACAUCGUCACAUAUGAUUGAAUAUAUUCGACAGGAACAUGCAGAGUGGCUUGAGUGCUAUAUGGCAGAUAAAUCAAGUACGGAGAGUGGGCAUGCAGCGCUUGCGAGACUAUGUCAAAGGUUUGUUGAGCGACAUGGAAUUACUCAGCCGGAAAGUGACAGUAUUUUAACACGGCAUAGUACAUUAAUGCCCGAUAUGACAGCAACGGCAUGUAAAAAACAGUCUACAAAGGUCACGCUGUCCUCAAAUGAUAUGCAGACGUCUACACAAUUGAAUAUGUUAGAAUGCGAACGAGGUGACAAUACUCCGUUGCUAUUUGGAUUAGAUAUUGGUACUUCGGCUAUCAAAUGCGUUGUUGUGAAAGCUAAAGGUCGAGAAACUGUUGCUACGACAAAUGUUUCGCUGAAAGAAGUGACUGUAUCGGCUCGAUCAAAUGACAAAAUUGCCAAAUAUAAAGAAGGCGUGCAGAAUGUCGACCAAAUACUAUUGGCAGUACAGCGCGCUAUAGAAAUGCUUCCCGAAUCGGUACGUCGUCGAGUUUCGUCGAUUGGAAUCUGUGGUCAAAUGCAUGGGAUUGUGUGGUGGUGCAGUCAUGCUGUUCAUGAAUCAGCGGAUCUUUUAUUAAAAGCACGGGGUUCUUGUAUCUACAAAAGUGAAGACACGCUCGACCCAGCGUGGAGUGAACUGAUUACUUGGCAAGACCAGCGUUGCACAGCAUCUUUUAUAAAAAAAUGUCGAGAAAAGGUUUCUUCCUUUCACACGGCGGAAACUUCUGCGAUAUGUAGUCCAAUUGCUGCUGGUUAUGGACUUGCCUCAUAUUCACACAUUUUAGAACACUCUUCACACACAUUAGUGGGCAUGGAUGCAUGUGGAACCAUUCAAGAUUUUGUAGCUUUUGUGCUAUGUGGUCAUACACUUUCUAGUGAGACGGCCAUGGAUACAACGAAUGCACAUAGUUGGGGUGGCUUUAAUAUGAAUACUCUAGCGUGGGAUUCUCAUGUAUUGCGUGCGUUGCGAAUUCCAUUCUCGAUGCUCCCAACCGUUAAAAAACCAGGCUCUUGCAUUGGUCACACCUGUACGGGGUACACUGCUUUUGGGUUGCCCUUUCAAAAACCUGUGUACGUUCCGAUGGGUGACCACCCGUGCUCCGUGUUGGCUGCAAUAUUAAAAAGCCAAUCAGCAUUGGGUAAAGAUCUCAAGCUAACGCUCGUCAAUAUUGGCACGUCGGCUCAAUUGGCCAUGGUCUUAACUGACGCUGAUGUUGUCAAGCUACCAUUUGGCCCGAAAAGCGAUUCUCUGACCAGAAAACAAGGCAACUUGAGCUUUGAGCAAUGGCAAAACUGGACUAAAGAGAUGGGAUUAGCUUCUGCAGAUAAUGGUGAUGAGGAAUCGGCAACACAAAGAGAUGCUGAAGUCUACGCCCGGCUUAUUCAAUUGGGAAUGCAGCACCAAAACACGCAACUCACGUUUGUGCCGACGUUAAAUGGCGAGCGCGCUGACCCAGACGCCACCGGCAGUAUCUUAAACUUGCGAAUGAACAAUUGGAGCAUGGGUGAUAUUACUGCUGCACUGUCUCGCGGCCUUGUUGACAACCUCUUUGCUAUGAUUCCAACAGAGGUACAAGCUCUCAUUUCUACGCAACCGAUUAUCGGUACAGGCAAUGCCCUCGUACGCAAUGAACUUAUCCAACGGUUUCUACGGUGUCGUCUUGCUAAUCCUCAGAAUUUGCAUCUACAGACAACUGCUGAUGCAGCUGUGGGCGCGUCGCUUGCUCCUUUACUUGUAGAUUAUGCAGUGUAG